CACAGAAGCUGGAGAUCCGAUGCCACAGAUGUGCGCGCCUGAGCAGCGCGCAAAACACACCAGACAACAAUGAAAUGCAGCAGACAAUAGCUUGUAUCAGGAGUGCAAAGCUGUGUCAUGUUGGGGAACAUUUGAGGAACCGGCUCAUAAAGAGAUGUUUGGACCUCAAAGCAAAAGCUGCCCGUGGACUCCUAAAGCGAAACCAAAGAGCCACUUCACCACUGUGAGUAAAUAUGGAGAUACUGGAGUUGACUUUUUCCAUCACAAUAUGAGACGAAGGGAAACUUAAAAGACUUUUGACCAACAAGGUGAUUUAAUUCUGCACGUGACGCAGAGAAGUUUUACAUGCAUAUGGAGAUGUAUGGCAAAAACUGAUUUCAAACAAACUAACCCAAUACCUGAUGGACGUUUAGGGGUGGUUUGUAUGUAAAUGGAAUAUACUGGACAUACAGUCCUUUAUGCAUCUUGUAUGACAAGUUGUUUGUGCUUUUUGUUUGGCUCUAUUCAUAUGCGUAAUAUUUAUUUUUUUAAAUUCCGUUACGCACGUUUAUUAAUUUGGAGCAGAAGAGCAAGAUCAGGAGUGGGAACUCAGGAAAGGUCGGUGCUGUAUUCAAAAGAAUACUUAACAGACAGGCCCUUUUAGAGAGAAAACUAACGGGUCCCACUAUUGAGAACCUUCUGCUUUCUGUUUUAUUAACAACAGUGAUGUCAUACGGCACAAUUGUGUUAUUUAAAAGGAGAUGGAGUCUCCAAUAAACGCGCAUUCUAGAUUUGAGAUACAAAGAGAGCGGAAGGUCUAUUUUUAGGAGACCGGAUUGAAGAUUUCUUGGCUUGCAGAGUAGCUAAUGUGGAAAUACAUUGAGUUUUUCUUAGAGUUUCAGUUUGGAAACUCCUUGACUGACUUGAAAUGCUAAUUUUGUUCUGGAAGUGUGAUAUGUUUUGAUGUUUUCUCAAUAGAUCAAGUGCUUUGUGAUUGUAUUAUGCAUUGCUGUGAUGGACAGUAGAAAUGCCAUAACUUACAUCAAGCAUGAAUACUGACAGUUCUUGAAAUGUCCUACGCUAAUGUGUCAUAGAUGCAAUUGUUUAAUCUAAUGGCUCAUUUAUAGGAAGAAUGGGGCAUUUGGGCAAUAUAUUGGAUUAAAAGGAGUUAUGACUUCCUUUAGGGAGUCAAAACAAACAAAAUAUUGUCUCGAGUCUUAAAGUCUGUGGUGUAAUUAUAUAAUGUUGCUGAUUCAUCAGUAGAGAACAUUUCAAUUGACUUGUAAUAAGUAAAAAGAUUCCAUGCACUUUGGAUAAACCUCUCUGACCCAAGUGCGUCAAGUAAGGAUAGAAGAGUAGAGGAAUGUGCAAUUGACGUCAUGAGUUGAAAUAACCAACCUAAAAUGUUGGAACUGUCUAAAUACACAAGUUAAUUUUUCACCAUCAAGACGUCAGAUCUGGCCCAAUUUCCCCAUCCAAGCAGCUUAUUUUGAUAAUUUUUACAUUCAUCCUGGCUCAAGUCCAAUUGAAAUAUCAUGGCUUCUCCUCAACAUCAACAACUGCUGCUUCACAACAGUGAAGUGAGCUGCGACUCUAGUGGUGAUGGCGCUGCAUCCGUGCGCAUCAGUGGUACCAAACCACACAAACAGCAGCGCGGUAGUUUGGGCACCAGUGCUAUGUGCAGCAUUCUAGGGGGCUCCAAACACUGCAAAUACAGCAUCUCUUCCAGUUGUAGCUCAGGCGAGUCUGGCAUCCGCAAACCGGUUAUCAAAGGCCUGCGGACGCAAAGGAAAAUGCCACAGCUGUUUGAGAGGUCAGCCGGGCACUUUUGGAACCCCAAGUUUGAUUCAAAUAUUCUGGAGGAGGCCUGCCGCGAGCGCUGCUUCCCGCAGACGCAAAGGCGAUUUAGAUGCGUGUUGUUUUACCUGGCGGCCGCCAGUCUUCUGUGGGGCUUGUUCUUCAUUGUUAAUGCCAAUCGAUGUGAACAGACUGCCUUCUUGUUGCCCACGGCCUCGUUCCUACUCCUCUGUUGCCUCCUGUUCGCCUUUACUUUUACAUGGUUUUACGCCCACUGCUACACUCAGGCUUCACUGUUGCUAAUUGUGGUCACUUUCACCCUAACACUUGCACCACAAAUCCAAACGACAGGUUUUAGCGACUUCAACAAUCUUUCUAUGAAGGGUGAAGAUGUAGAGGACUUCAGUGGUUUUGAGAGUGGAAACUUAACUUUUGAGGCUCCCCAAAGUAGAAAUUCAAAGGCCCCAUGUUUAUCUCCAGUUGGCACCUUCUCGCUUGGCAUGGAAGUGCUUUUGUUGCUGUACAGUUUCCUCCAUGUUCGUCUGUACGCUUCAGUACUUCUCGGUUUGCUCUACUCCAUUUUGUUUGAGACACUUGGCUGGAUGCACUUGAUUCAUGGUCAUGAAUGGAGCCAUUCCACUGAGGAACAUUUGGAAACACUUUAUUGGUUGAUCCCUGGGAGAGUCAUUCUACAUCUUUGUGCCCACAUCAUCGGUAUACACCUUUUUAUUAUGUCAGAAGUGCGUUCACGAAGCACGUUCCUCAAGGUCGGCCAGGCCAUUAUGCAUGGGAAAGACUUGGAGGUCGAAAAGGCCCUGAAGGAGCGAAUGAUCCACUCCGUGAUGCCUCGUCGUGUUGCAGAUGAGCUCAUGAAGCAAAGCGAUGACGACAAUGACAAUUCAGUUAAACGUUACUCAACGGGAGCUGCAAUAGCCGGUGCUGCGAGCCCUAAAAACGCCAAGCGCAAAAAGAUGUCAAUACCGCGAGGGCAGAUUAUUUUUCGACCCUUCAAUAUGAAACGCAUGGAGCCAGUAAGCAUCCUCUUCGCAGAUAUUGUCGGUUUUACCAAAAUGAGUGCCAACAAGUCUGCGCAUGCGCUGGUGGGACUCCUUAAUGAUUUAUUUGGCCGUUUCGAUCGCUUGUGUGAGCUUACAUGUUGCGAGAAGAUCAGCACACUUGGGGACUGUUACUAUUGCGUUGCCGGUUGCCCUGAACCACGAGAGGACCAUGCCUAUUGCUGUGUGGAGAUGGGGCUUGGAAUGAUCCAAGCCAUUGAGCAGUUCUGUCAGGAGAAGAAGGAGAUGGUAACAAUGCGUGUUGGCGUGCACACGGGCACUGUACUUUGUGGGAUUCUCGGUAUGAAGCGUUUUAAAUUCGACGUCUGGUCCAAUGAUGUCAAUUUAGCCAAUCUCAUGGAGCAGUUGGGCUUUGCUGGAAAAGUUCACCUGUCUGAGGCCACGGACAAGUUCUUGGAUGAUCGUUACCUGCGAGAGGACGGGCGGGUCCCAGAAAGGAUCGGACCAAGUGUGGUUGCAGAUCAACUCAAAGGUCUUAAGACGUAUCUGAUAUCCGGGCAUAAACUGAAGCAUGCCCAGUGGAGCUGCCCGCAGUCUGGUGUGGCAGGAGCAGAACUCAGAAAUUCUACCAGUGCCACUUCUUGCUGCCGUGCCCUUGACCUCACGACCUCAGCCUGCGCUCUGACAACUGGCCCGGACAGAGUUAAAUCUGCCUGUCCCUCGUGUAAUGUGUUGACUUCUGAAGACGGGGCGGUUCUUAACAGUUGCACGGAUCCAGAUCACACGACCAUCAACAGCAAGGGGCCCCCAUGCCAGAGUCCCAAGGCCCUUAAUGGCUUGUUAAGCCCCCACCUGGAGCAGCCGCUGACCCACAGUCAGACGUCACUGUGCGAGAUGCUCCAGGAGAAGAAAUGGGGCGGAGGGGGCGGAGUCAGUGGAGGGGGAACUAUGGACCAUUCUGCCCUCAUCCCGCUGCGUUCCAAAAACUUCCGCGAGAGAAGCGAUGCUCACUUUGUGGAUGUAAUAAAGGAGGACAGUCUGAUGAAAGAUUACUUUUUCAAACCACCCAUCAACAAGCUGAGCCACACGUUCAUAGACAAAUCUCUAGAGUCGGCUUACAAGACCAGUUACCAGGAGGAGGUGGAGACACAGGCUCCUGUCCAGACCUUUGCCAGCCCCACAUUCAGCUCUUUUCUGGACAUGCUGCUGUGUUGUUGUGUUCUUCUGGCUCUCUCUUUGGCUUGCUUCCUGCGACCGCUGGUUACCCAUCAGCCACUGCCCACACCGGCCCUCAUUGUGGCGGCAGUGGCAGCCAUGCUUGAGUGUUUGGCCCUAUUGCUGGCUAUCCGAAGAGCAUUUUACCUAGGCGCGGUCCUGAACUGCACCAGAACUCUCCUUUGGGCGAUCUCUGGCUGGAUUCCCCGUCACAUGAUCGGAGCCGUGCUAGUGUCUUUACCUGCUGUGGCUGUGUUCUCACAUAUCACCUGCAAUAUGCAUCAAUCCAUACAGUUCACCAUGUUCACCUGCUGUGCUGUCAUAAUCGCCAUCAUCCAGUAUUGCAAUUUCUGUCAGCUCAGUUUCUGGAUGCGUUCAAGCUUGGCGACGCUAGCAGGACUCACUUUCCUUAGCGUGCUGUGGAGCCCCCCCUGCAGCACUUGGGAACGUUUGUUUUUGAGAUCCAGUGACUUCAACAGCAGUGAUAUUGACAUCCAAACCUCUGGAAAAUUUGUGGCCCAACCCCAGGACCUGCUCGGCCCAGAGGCAUUGGUGGCCUUUUUCCUGUUGAUUCUACUUGUCUGGUUCCUCAACCGCGAGUUUGAGGUCAGCUACCGGCUACACUACCAUGGAAACAAGGAAGCAGACCAACACCGCAUUAAGAUCCAAAAUAUGCGCGACCAGGCGGACUGGCUCUUGCGAAAUAUUAUUCCCAUCCACGUGGCCGAGCAGCUCAAGGUGACCCAGAGCUACUCGAAGAACCACGACAACGUGGGAGUCAUCUUUGCCAGCAUUGUCAACUUCGGCGAGUUCUACGAAGAGAGCUACGAAGGCGGCAAAGAGUGCUACCGCGUCCUAAAUGAACUUAUCGGGGACUUCGACGAACUCUUGCGCAAAUCGGACUUCUCCAACAUUGAGAAGAUCAAGACGAUUGGCGCCACUUACAUGGCGGCAUCAGGCCUCAAUACGCAACAGUGUAGCGACCAAGCGCACCCUCACGCCCACCUGCGAGCGCUGUUUGAAUUUUCCUUGGAAAUGAUGCGCGUGGUUGAUGACUUCAAUAAAAACAUGUUGGGUUUCAAGUUCAAGUUACGGAUCGGGUUCAACAACGGGCCUCUUACUGCCGGAGUUAUUGGCACCACCAAGCUACUCUAUGACAUUUGGGGAGACACGGUCAACAUUGCAAGUCGGAUGGACACUACAGGUGUUGAGUGUCGCGUUCAAGUUAGCGAGGAAAGCCAUUGCAUUCUCAGUGGAAUGGACUACGAGUUUGACUACCGUGGUACCGUCAACGUGAAGGGUAAGGGGCAAAUGAAGACCUACCUUUACCCAAAGAGCACAGACAGCGGUCCCGUGCCGCAGUACCAGCUCUCGGUCUCCCCAGAAAUACGAGCGCAGGUGGACGGUAGCAUCGGCCGCUCUCCCACCGAUGAGAUCGCCAAUAUGGUGCCUGCCGCCAAUGCCAGUAGAGUUGGUCCAUCAUUUUCUGUGAGCUCAGGUCUUACUGGACAAGGAUACAUUGGGAGAGACUUCACUGAGAAGGUACCUAGCAGUGACCGUACAUCCAAGACCCAGCGAUCUGCAUCUGCGGUUAGCCUGACUUGUAUACCAGAGACCAGCUUGAGUGGCAGUCCAGCUGCAUUUGGUAGACCACAAGACCCAACUAUGACCAGAAAACCAUGAAUCAAAGGCCACAACAAAGGAGAAUGAAGACGUAGAGUAUAUUGGUGAACUGACAAAACUUUGACUCUAAACAAACCAACAAUGUUGUUCUUGUUGGUCGUCCCUGCUUAGAAAAACAGCUCAAACCAGCCUAUGCAGGUUUGAUGGUAUUCGCUGGUUUAAGAUGGUUUCCCAGCCUGGGAAAGCUGGUCUUCAGCUGGUUUAGCUGGUUGGCCAGCUGGUCUCCAAGACUGACUAGCUGAAAAGUGCCCAAAAGCCCUUUAAAACCAGCAAAUAGACAAACCUGGGAAACCAGAUAAGACCAGCAAGCCACCUUGGGCUGGUUUAAGAUGAUUUUUAGCAGUGGUAACCCUUUAAAAAUGGGUUUGCAACCCUUUCCUUUGAGUUUUUAAGGAUAGGCAUGUUUAGGGAUGUACAUAUGCUAGCAUAGAUUUGCAUCUGUGUAUGUUGAGUAGAGAAGUUUCCUGAGUUUAAGCAUUUAAGCACAUAAUCUUACAAGUGUAUUGCAGCACAAACAGACCUAAAGUACCAUCCUUAAAGGGAUAGUUCACACAAAAAUGAAUCUUCUUUCGUCAUUAAUCACCGUUGUGUUGUUUCAAACAUGAAUGAAUUUCUUUCUUACGUGGAACACAAAAAGAGAUGAAUGCCUCAGUCACCAUUCACUUUUACUGUAUGGAAAAAAGAAAGAAAGUCAUACAGAUUUUGGAACAGCAGGAUGAUGAGUAAAUUACGACAGAAUUUUCUUUUUUGGGUGAACUGUCUCUUUAAACAGGCCACAAUUAUUUCCACUAAUUUCAUUUUAAACAUUAUUUCCCUCUAGCUCUUACUAUUGUCUGCAUUUUGUGAAUUAUUUUCUUUGUAAUGAAGUGCCUUUAGGAUGAUAACAAUAUAUUAGGCAUUUUCAAUCAAUCAAAUCUUGAAAAGCAUGUAAAUUUGAUGUUAGAAAAAAGCUUUAGUUUUUGUGGAAUUGUUUGAUAUAUUUUCGAAUAUUUGUAGAUAUUUCUGAGUUCUCAGUUCGAUCAGUAUUCUGAGGCUGCUUUGAAAAUUUUACAAAGUAAAUCUCUAUAUUGCAAUGAGUAUAUAUUGCAAUUUUUAAAAGAAUGGUGCAUGGUGGAAAGUGUCUGUGAAGAAGUAUUAGCUAAAUGGAAUAAAAUUAGAGCAAGCUAUGGGCUAAAUUCACCUACAGUUCAGAAUAUCAAACAUUUCUACUGUCUUUGUACAGUUUAUUUUAUUUUUUUAUUGUUUUAUUAUUAUUAUUAUUAUUGGCUAUUCAUUGUGCAAUAGAUUGUUUAGAGGGCUUACAAAACCUGAAUUGCAAACAUUGCAGAAUUUGCAGAAUUGCAAACAAUGAGGCUGUACAUAAUGUGGGAACUUUGCCUUAAUGCGAAUAAGAUCAUACCAACGCUUCGCAUUUAUUCUCUAUGCUUUGAACGUCACAGUAGCUAAUGCAUGGAUGCAUUUUUAGUCCUUUAAGACUGUUUAAAGGUAUAGGGAGUCAACAUUAACGUUAACAUGUUAAAGUCAACAUUCACUGUUACAUGUUCCUGGUCUUAUUGUGCACAAUUUAUCGGUGCACGCUAUUCUCAAAAAAGUCUUUGUAAUCUUUGCAGUAUAAAUGAAUAGUUUAGGUAAACCAGUAAAAUGGUUUGGGAACACACAGUCUCACGUUGACUUAAACUUUGAUAAUCAUUGCCUUUCAUGGCUGCACUGACAUCUUGGCGGAGAAAAGUGCAUUGCAUUUGUUAUAUUGUGAAGAAAGAAACUUUAUGGGAAAAGAUUGGGCAUUUUUGUGAUUGGAAAAAGAAAUCAUUUAGCCAAUUAAGUCACCGCAGUUGCAGAACAGUGGCAUGAUGACUGGCAUGAACACUGGUAAAAAGUGACAUGAAUUUACUGUGCCAGUUAAAUGUAAAAAAAACGUAUGUGAAUAUUAGAAUAGAUUAGAUAAUAGCUGUGACUCUGCCUGCUUGUCUGUAUAAUAGUAAAGGGUAAAUAAUUGUAUGGGAUAUUAGAAAAAGGUUUCAUAAAAUUAGAUUUGAAUAUUUUAACGUUGAGUCGUCGCUGUGUAAGUAACUUUGCACUGAUAUUGCAUCCAUUACAUGACUGUCACUGCUAUAGAAUUUUGCCCUUCGAUAACAAUUUUAGAUAUAUUUUUCCCCUUAACCUUUGGCUGUAUAACAGGCAACAUGUCUUAAUUUAAAAGGGUUGUGUGCUUAAAGGGAUAUUUCCCCCAAAAAUGAAAGUUCUCUCAUCAUUUACUCACCCUCAUGCCAUUCCUCAUGCCGAUGUGUAUGACUUUCGUUCUUCUGCUGAACACAAAUGAAGAUUUUUAGAAGAAUAUCUCAGCUCUGUGGGUCCACACAAUGCAAGUGAAUGGUGACA